CGGAAGUAAACAUAUCAGCCAAUCGAGUUAACCCACGAGUAAAUACACGAAGUAUUAAGAAAGUUAGCAAACAUUUUCAGAUGAUGCUGACAAGCUAUUGUUAACAGAAAUGUUGUCGAAAGAUAUAAUUAAAGUGAUGAAAUCACUUGCACUUUUAACACUAUCUCUGGAUUUCUUUUUAGAUGUUGUUCUUGCAACCUCAGCAGAGGCCAAUAAACAUCUAGAGAUGGGUAAACAAAUGUUGGCUGCUGGGAAUAUGGUGGAAGCACUGUCUCAUUUUGAUUCAGCUGUAGAGAAGGACCCUGGCAACUAUUUAACAUUUUUUAGAAGGGCAACAGUUUAUUUAGCACUAGGAAAAUCAAAGUCUGCCUUGCCUGACUUGGACAAAAGCAUUGAGCUCAGACCAGGCUUUGUUGCAGCAUUAACUCAGAGAGGUAAUGUUUACCUCAAGCAAGGCAAUCUGAAAGCUGCAGCUAAUGAUUUUGAAGAAAUUCAUCUUAACGAUCCAUCCAACCAGGAAGCCAUGAAUUAUUUACAUCAAAUAGAACCAUUAGCAGAGGAAAUAGAGCAAGCCAAACUGUUAUAUCAUAGUAGAGAUUACCAAGGCGCAAUAAUUUUACUUUCUAAAGCUAUUGAUUUGUGUCCAUGGGACCCUGAUCUCCGUGAGAUCCGAGCUGAAUGUUAUAUCGCCCAGGGGGAUCUGGGUAAAGCUGUUAGUGAUAUACGUCCAACUACUAAAUUAAGGAAUGAUAAUACAAAAGGAUAUUUAAAAUUAUCACGUUUAUUAUAUGAUAUUGGUGAUGCGGAGGAAUCACUUUCUCAAGUAAAGGAGUGCUUAAAGCUAGACCCUGAUCAUAAGGAAUGUUUUCCAUUUUAUAAAAAAGUGAAAAAACUUGCGAAACAGUUAAAAGAGGCACAGGAUUUAUCUAAUAGUGAACAAUAUGAUGACUGUGUGAAAAAAGCUAAUAAAAUACUGGAAACUGAAAAUAAAGCUUACCAUUAUGUUCUCACUGCUAAAUCACAUAGAUGUCACUGCUUAGCUAAGGGUGGACAUGGUAAGGAUGCACUGAAAGCCUGUAAUGAAGCAUUAGAUAUGGAUCCAGAAAAUGCCAACAUCUUGUGUGAUAGAGCUGAAGCCCAUAUAGCAAAUGAAGACUAUGAAGCCGCUGUGAAAGAAUACCAGCAGGCCAUGAAUGUUGAUCAGGAAAGUAGAAGGGCAAAGGAGGGAAUGGAACGUGCUCAAAAAUUGCUCAAAAACUCACAAAAAAGAGACUAUUACAAAAUAUUAGGAGUUAAAAGAAAUGCAAAUAAGAAGACAAUAAUGAAGGCCUAUAGAAAGCUGGCAGCUAAAUGGCAUCCAGAUAAACAUCAAGGAGAAGAUAAAGAACAUGCUGAGAAAAUGUUCAGGGAUGUCGCAGCUGCUAAAGAGGUUCUAACUGAUCCAGAAAUGAGAGAGAAAUACGAUCAUGGAGAGGACCCUCUAGAUCCUGAACAACAGCAGGGAGGCCAUGCCCAUCCAUUCUUUCAUGGCUUUAAUCCAUUUGGAAAUGGUGGAGGUCAGGGAUUUAACUUUAAAUUCCAUUUCAACUGAGAUGGAAGGCAGCAUAUUCUGUGAUAUUUUACCGUAUUUGUUCAUACCUAUUGCAGUUAUGACUGUAGAGAGAAUGUUGUACCGUAUAUCUCAUAUUAAAGCAGCACGCCUCCAGAUUCAUGCUAAUUUCCAUUAAAAUUUUGAAAAUGUAUUUGAAUGUAUAAUAUUGUGAAAUUACCAAAAGGAAGCUAUUUACACAUUAUCAAUUGCACUUACAAGCCAUGUAAAUUACCAAAAAGUGGUCAAAACAUGCAUAAAUAGCCCUUACUGCGUUAGUAACGCAAUAGAAAUAUAGUUGUAAAUACUAAAAAAUCAGUCAUUAACCGCACAUAACAUGUAAAUUAUUACUUCAAUCUUGAAUCAUUUUACGUUUCCUUAAAUCGUAGUACAUAUUUUUCAAGUUUGAUUUUAUUGAAAUAUUUUGACUCAUCUGGAGGCAUGCAGCUUUAAGAGACCUUGCCCUGUGUAUGGAUGGGCAAAUGAAUAAGAGAGUUUUAUAAAUUGACAUUGUUUCAUUUAUUGCAACAGAUUAUCUGGUCAUUAUUUAUGUGAAGGAAAUUGAAUUGUCUUAAGGCAUAAGAUCUCUAUAGUUUUUUUAGCAUGAUUAAAUGUUAUUAGGAGUUUUUAUUUAUACACGUCUGUUAUAUCUUAUAUUAUACAGAGGAUGGAUUUAACUCUGGUAUGCCAUAUGGAAAUAUUAUAUUUCAACUCCAACAGGAAUGUUUGAAGUCAUAUCAAUUUACUUGUUGAAUAUGAUAACAUAAGCAUUUGACCAGUUCUUUUCAUUUUUAGAAAAUAAAAAAACAUUCUUUGUUGGAUAUUAGUAUCAGAAAGAAUAGUUCAAAAUUUCUGUAAGCAUAAAAGAUAGUUCUUAGUUCUAGAAAGGAUAGUUCAAAAUCUGUGUAAGCAGAAAAAAAUGGUUAAUGAAAGGAUAGUUUAAGUUUGGCUGAAGGAUAGUUGAAAUCAAAAGAUUCAUUUUUGUUGCCAUCAAAAGAUAAUCAUAUUUACUAUUUCCUAAAUUCUAGACUUAUUAGGUAGAAUUUCAUUGUAAAUCAUAGUAAUAGAUUUGAGAAAUAAUUAUUUAUUUCCCAAAGCAUCAUAUUUGUGACUGACUGAUGAAAGGUUUCCUCUAAACAAUUUCUAUAGAAAGUAAUUAUUAAAAUAAUUUUUUGUUGUGUGUAAACUUCUGGGAAAACAAAAAGCGACUGACUGAUGCUACUAAAUUUUAUUAUUGUUAAAAAGCAACUUAAUACAAUGUUGAAGAAGUCAUGGAUAUUCAUGACAAAAAGUUGUGAAUUAUGUAUACCCUAUUGUUAUGUAUUACAAUAAGUGAAUUCCAUUAAUAUAUAUAUAUUUUGUGCUACAUAUAAAUUAUGUUUUGUAUGCUUGAUGAAAGAUAUUUACAGGAUGAAUACUUGUCUAGUUGUUGAACUGCUGCAAAUUUUUUUUUUACUGUUAUGUAUCGUCACUUUAGAUUGAGAAGGACUUGAGCUGUAACUGCACUUAGAUGUUGCUAUGUAUUUCUUCAUAAUCAUGAAAAAAAAUCCAGUUGCUCUCACAUAAAAGUGCUGGGAAUUUGUGCUUACAGUUUUUUCGGGAUUUAUGAUUUUUCAUUUACCCUAGUAGAACAAGAUCUGCUAUUUUUCUUCAUUAAUGGACAUGACACAAACUAUCAAUAACAUAUCACAUAUUAUUUUGUGUGAUUUCUGCCUUUUCUAUUUGUCAUAUAAAAUACAUUUUAAGAUUAUGUUCAUUGAAUCAUUUGAAAAGCAAACCAUGGUUUACUGCGAAUGUUGUUGGAGAAAUUGCACAAGUAUGCCUGUUUCUAAUGUUUAAAAAGUUUUGAAAGGUGACUUAUGGGUGAGACUUAAUCAGGAGAUACACAUCCAAGUUAAACACAUAUACUGUUCACCUCUUUGUACUAUUAUGUAAUAUGUUGUUGUUGUUUUUUCACCUGAAAAAGUCAAUUUUGUGUGUGUGCUCACAAAUUGAAACCGUGUUUGUUGUUAAUGUUUUAUACAGUUAGUGUUAUGUACAGAAACAGAAGUAUUAGAAUAGUACAUGUAGCUAUUAAAACUAUGCCAUUAGUUUCAACACUUUAGAUUAAAUACAUUAAAUUUUGAAAAAAAGUCAUUAUGAGGCGUAUUUUUGAGUACAUGUGUUUGUGUGAUGAAAUGAUUUUGUAUGUUUUGUUUAUGAGAUGAUGCACUGAAAGUUAUUAUUUUGUUAAUGUGUAUUAUAGAUAAAAAAAAGAGGUCUGUUGUUAAUUUGUUGUGAUCUAGAGAAAUAUUUACUGUCUGUGAAAAAUAUAUAUAAGAACUUACAGCUUGUAAUUCAAGCAUUUUUUUUAAGCAUUAAUCUACUGGAACCGAAAGUGAUUUAUCUCUGCCGACAGUGUAGAUCCAGGCCAACCAGCACAUCUGUGCCGAUUCUGACUAGGGUCCAUACUGUGUACAUAUUUUGUACAGACUUUAAUAUAUUCUAUAUAAACCAAAUGUUUGUUAGUCUUAGUCGGUAAAAUUUAAACCAGUCUGUAAAUGCAAGUUUCUGAUUGGUAAAUAGUUUUCAUUAUUUAAAGAUCCUGUAACAUAAUUUUUUCAUGGUUUUAUUUCAUAAAUAUGAUGCUCAAAUUAAGAUUUGUCAAUAUUGUAAGUUCCAAUAAGCAUUAUUUAUAAAGAUAUUACCCAAUUUAACAUUUCAUGUAAAUAAAGGGAGGUAAUUAGAAAUUUCUUUUCUAUAAAUUCUAAGUCAAUUCUUCCAAUAAGAAAUGAAUGCAUGUCAUUUAUUGAUUAAAUAUAAUGUGCACAAAUAUUUGCAGUAAACAUUUUACAUAUUCUAUGAUGUUUGAAAAUUGUUUUAUUUGCAUGAUUAUAUACAUAUAUAACUUUUUGCAAUUGUGGUAUACACCGUAACAAUAUCAAUCACAAAACAUACAGGAUCUUUAAAACUGACCAAUCAGAAAAGAGCAUUCAUAGACAAGUAUUUGAAUAGUAUUCCACAGAUGAUUUCCACUCAUUUUUCAUGUUUACGACGUAUUUUGUUUGAGACCAUGGAGUUUUACCUUCUUUAAUUUUUUUAAGCUGGGGGAUAAGUUUUUUUUUUCCAAAUAUUAUUUUUUUAUUGGAAAUUGAAUCAUGUUUCUGUGUGUAGAUGAUAUUGUUGAAUAUGAAUGCAGUUGAAAAAAUGUUCAUAAUGAAUAUUCCAUUGUGCUUAUUAUUGUGAAAAUUGAUGUUUUAUUUGUGCAAUUUAAUUGUAUAACAUUUGUUACAUGCCUUGACUUGGAAUAAAGGUUUAUAUUGACAUAAAGAUCUAAAAUUAAUAA